AGUCGACUCCCAGACAUGAUUGGAUACAUUUUGUUGACUAUUUUAGUGUUAGUAGCGGCUCCAUUUUUGUGGUGGUAUUGGUUGCUCGCUAAAUACAAAUCCUUAGAUGCAGUUCCAGGACCAAAACCUGUUCCCAUUAUGGGAAAUGCAAAAGAUAUGGGGAGCUGCACCGUCAGUCUUCUUAAUUCGUUUAUGGAUUUACAAAACAAAUACGGUGGAUUGUAUAAAAUAUGGUUAGGGCCUAAAUUAAACCUAAUGGUUUCAAAACCAGAAUAUGUGGAAUUUUUUACUGGAUCUGCUGCUCAUAUCGGAAAAUCUGAUGGUUACGAACUCUUUAAACCAUGGUUGGGUAACAGUCUAUUAUUAUCCACAGGACAAACAUGGAAGAACCGGCGUAAAAUGAUUACCCCAACAUUUCAUUUUCAAGUAUUAGAAAAGUUUAUGAACGUAUUCAAUUACCAGAGUAAUAUUUUAUUGCAAAACUUGGAAAAAGAAGUUGACACGAAUCAAGAAUCCAUUGAAGUGCAUCAUUUUAUAAAUAUGUGUUCACUGGACAUAAUAUGUGAAACUGCAUUCGGAACCAGCAUAAAUGCUCAGCAGAAAGGUAAUCCAAAAUACGUUGCGGCAAUAUCAAAAUUCUUGGAAAUAUUUACACUAAGAUUUUUUUCUGGCUGGAUGGGAAAUCCUUUCCUGUUUAGAUUUUCAAAAUUGUAUCCCGAAUACAAAGAGAAUCUUAAGACAUUGCACGACUUUACAAAGAAUGUAAUAAAAAAUCGCAGAACGGCUAGAGAAAAGAGCAAAAUAAAUCCCAAUAGCUCGGAAGAUGGUAUUAAAAUAAAAGCUGCACUUUUGGAUAUGUUACUUGAUGCGUCGGAUAAUGGCAUGGACCUUUCAGAUGAAGACAUCAGAGCCGAAGUUGAUACUUUUAUGUUUGAGGGUCAUGAUACAGCCAGUACGGCGAUAGGCUUUACAUUUUUGGCACUGGCUGAAAAUAUAAAAUAUCAAAACAAAGUUUAUGAGGAACUUGUUGAAAUAUUAGGACCUGACAGUAACGAAGGCGUGACAGUUUCACAGUUAAAUGAUUUAAAGUAUUUGGAUUUAGUGAUCAAAGAAGCUAUGCGAGUUUACUCUCCAGUACCUUUAAUUGGAAGAAGUUUAGAUAAUGAUUGUGUAUUAGAUGGAAUAAAGAUACCAAAAGAUACAACAGUAAAUAUAUUUUUAUAUGGGAUGAAUCGUAACCCCAACAUUUUUCCAAAUCCAGAUUUAUUUGACCCAGAACGAUUUUUGCCAGAAAAUCAGUCGACUAGACAUAAUUUUGCUUACAUUCCAUUUAGUGCUGGCCCAAGAAAUUGUAUCGGUCAAAAAUUUGCCGUUCUGGAAUUAAAAACUAUAAUUGCGAAAGUUUUAAGGAAGUUUGAAGUAUUGCCUUUGCCAAAUUUCAAGCCAGAAAUUGGAAUGUGCUCUGUAUUAAAAUCGAGAAAUGGAAUUGUUAUGCAACUGAAAAGAAGAAAUUAAGUCAUUAUCAUUAGAAAAUUAAUAUUUAAUGUAAUUUUUAUAAUAAUUAUAGAAUAGACAG